AUGAGCAACCGUAAAAAUACAGCAGCUAGUUUACUGUUACGGCAAUAUCGAGAGCUGACAGACCCCAAGAAGGCUAUUCCUUCAUUCCACAUAGAACUUGACGAUGAUUCUAAUAUAUUUUUAUGGAAUAUCGGGGUGAUGGUACUGAAUGAGGACUCGAUCUACCAUGGCGGGUAUUUCAAAGCUCAGAUGAGGUUCCCUGAAGACUUUCCAUUUUCACCACCUACAUUUAGAUUCACACCGGCUAUCUAUCACCCAAACGUCUACCGUGAUGGCCGACUAUGUAUUUCGAUCUUACACACGAGCGGCGACCCCACGUCUGAGGAGCCUGAUUCGGAAACUUGGUCGCCAGUUCAGACCGUCGAGAGUGUACUCAUCUCAAUAGUAUCCCUCCUGGAGGACCCGAACAUCUCAUCACCGGCCAACGUGGACGCGGCCGUCGAUUAUAGGAAGAACCCAGAGCAAUAUAAACAGCGAGUGAAGCUAGAAGUGGAGAGGUCAAAGCAGGACAUUCCUGAGGGCUUCGUAAUGCCUACAUCUCAAACAGCAUACGUGUCGCAAAAGCAUGCCGAACCUGAGGAGUCGCGGGAUUUGGGAGACAAUUUUUGGUACGAUAGUGACAUGGACGAGGAAGACGGCGAGGACGGCGACAACAUCUACAGUUACGACGACGAAGACGAUCAGGAUAUCCAAUUCGAAGACGACGACGACGACGAUGAAAGCAUGGAUAACGAUAGUGUCAUGGAUAGGAAACAGCCCAAUAAGGGAGAGGACGAGAGUGACGACUUGGAAGAGGAUAUGAAGCUAGAAAAUAAGUAG